GUUACUCUUGUGUCGCCGCUCAAGAAAUUUUCAAUCUCCCGCCACUGCGCAAAAAAUUAAAUCAAAAUAACGAAACAAAAAAUAUUCCUCCCUCCUCCUCUUCCUCCUCCUCUUCUCCAAAUAAUUUCACUCUUCCUACUGAAACAAGCACAUACUCUCUUCUUUCUUUCCCCUCUCCUUCAAUUCUUUACUCCCAGAUUCUGGAUUGGAUUUCCUUUUUUCCUCGAUUUCUUCAAGCAAAAUCGAAGUUUUAGCAGAUUUACUUGCCCUAAAAGUAAUUUAGAUUCAAUGCUGGAGCCCGAUUCUCCGUCCAGGCCGUUUCUCGGCGUCCAUUUCCUUCUCUUUGGAUUCGAGCCCAUCACAGAACGCCAGGUUCGAUCAAAGCUUAUUGAUGGCGGCGGUGUAGGCGUCGGUCAGUACAGCCAGAGUUGCACUCAUGUCAUUGUUGGCAGGAUUGUCUAUGAUGAUCCUGUAUGUGUUGCUGCCCGAAACGAUGGAAAAACAGUUGUCACGGGCUUAUGGGUUGAUCACAGUUUUGAUAUUGGAAUGCCAGUUGAUGCCACUUCGAUUUUGUACAGGCCUCUUAGAGAUUUGAAUGGGAUUCCGGGUGCCAAAAGUCUAACUGUGUGUUUGACUGGUUAUCAGAGACAAGAUCGAGAAGACAUUAUGAUAAUGGUUGGUUUGAUGGGUGCUCAAUUUUCCAAGCCACUGGUGGCAAACAAAGUCACUCAUCUUAUAUGCUACAAAUUUGAAGGGGAGAAGUAUGAGCUUGCCAAGAAAUUGAAGAAGAUAAAGCUUGUCAACCAGCGAUGGUUGGAAGGCUGUUUGAGGGAUUGGGAGCUUCUUCCAGAGGCUGAUUAUAACCAGAGUGAUUAUGAGUUAGAGAUGAUGGAAGCUGAAGCAAAAGAUUCUGAUGAAGAGGUUGGAGAAACAGCAACAAAGCAAUCUGCUAUGAGAAAUAUUGGCAAGAGUCCUCAUGAUUUAAAGGUUAGAAUGUUGAGUGCCACUGAAUUGCCCAAAUCAGCGAUGGAGUUGCCAAAUCCAUCUUUGCCUGAAGAUCCAACAAAUGCUAACUCCAUGGAGAUUUCUUUGACCACUGGCAAAUUGAACAUUUCAUCCCCAAGCCUCAAUAAUUUGCACAUCUCUGAGACACAUGGUUGUCAAGAAACUGGUGCUUCUGGGAAUGUUUCUUCUGUUGAAUUUCAGGUACAACCCGAGAAAAGCCCAAAUUCUACAAAGAUACAAGUGAACCUUGCAUCUUAUACUGAGAACGAUGACAAGUUUACUGCCAUAGACUCAAGAAAAACACCCAGUAGAUCUACACUCCCAGAUUUCUCAGGAGAGAGAUCAGGAAAUACAAAUGGGUCUCCUGAAGCAAUGAGACUUAAGGAUGCUUCUGAUUGUUAUUCCCCUAAAUUGGAGCAAGCAAAGGGCAGAGUCAGCAUUUGUCACACUGAAUCUCCUUUGGGAGGAAGUAGUCCAUAUCAUGGAGAAGACUCAGCUGGGAUAUUGCCUCAGAAAAGAGUGAUGGAUGCUUCUAUCACAAACUCUAAAUUGCAAAAGACAAGUCAUAAUGCAAAAGCACCCACCAUAACAAGUCCUGAUCUAAAUGUUGCAAAUAACUCUAGUGUGAGCAUUGCAAAGAAGGCCUCAAAUGCCAAUGAGAAGUCAUUAAAAAAUGAUUUGACUUCAUUUCUGACUGUAAGUGAAGAGAACAGGCAAAAUGAGAAUGCUGAGAAGUCACCAAUGUCCUGCAGGGAAUUGAGGGAGUCCAACUCAGCAAGUAAGUCCAGUGUCAAAAGUCUUCACAUGGAAGGAUUUUCUCAUGUUGUUGAGGAGCCUGUGGUACCAGAAAAUAAGAAGCAAGAUGUGGAUUCCUUCCCAAGUGGCAGAGAACCAGAGAUGGGGCAGUCCUAUGGCACUGUAAACUUGGAUUCAGUUGAAGGGGGAAGUAAUAAGUUGGAUGGAGAACGGCCGAAGACAAAGAUGCUUUCCAAGAAGACCUUAGGUAGACCAAAGGUGAGUAAUAUUGCUAACAAAAAAUGUUCCAUUUACACCAACAAAAUUGCAUCCGAAAAUGAUCCUGCAAUUUGCCUGAGUGGGGUUAAAGAGAGAGCAGAUCAUGGUAGUGGAAGUAAAGAAGCAUCCCCCUCAGCAGUUAGCAAAGAUGAAGUUAAGGAGAUGACGGCAAAAGCUGUCACGAAUACUGCUGCUAAGGAGACCAAAUUUGUGGAUAAUGAAGCCGAGGCUCCAGAUGAGAAAGACAAACAUGAAUUUGAGAAGACAUUUAACGAAGAGAAGUCUGAGUUUGUUGAUUUGGCAAACAAAGCAGAUGAGACAAGGGUAACUGAACUUUCAAUAGGUCACUCCAGUGCUGCUAUGCAUCAGGAUAUGGUAGCCUCAGAGAAUGCAGCAAAUGAAACCAACCUAGAAAGUGCAAUUUCCAAUAAGAAAACCAAAUUGAAUGAAUCAACUUCAACAGAAUUCAUGAAAGCUAAAACUGAGGCUCCUGAUGAGAAAGACAAACAUGAAUUUGAGAAGUCAUCUAACGAAAAGAAGUCUGAGUUUGUUGAUUUGGCACAUAAAGCAGAUAGGGCAAUGGAAACCAAACAUUCAACAGAUCCCUCCAGGGCUGCUCACACUAUUCAUGAGGAAAUAGUAGCCUCAGAGAUUGCAGCAAAUGAGACCAACCUGGAAGGUGCCAUCUCCAAUAAGAAAACAAAAUUGGAUGGAUCAACAUCUCCAGAAUAUGCAUCCAAAGUCAAAGCAAAGCAAGUAUGGAAACGCCCUACUGGUAAGGCCAAGAAUAAGACUAUUCCUACUAAAUCAAAGAAAGAAUUGGUUGCAGAAGAGACUCGAGAUGCGGAGAAUCUUGCUAAUGAAAAGGAGAAUUUUGGGGCCAAAAAUAAUGACAGCAUAGUAUCUGCAAAUGAGUUGGAGAACUCUGUGGAAGAGGAGAAUAGGCCAGUUGCUGAUGUGGGUCAAAAUCCGAAUCCUGGGAAAUCAAUUUCUGGUAAAUUAGUUACUAAAUCAAACAAGAAACAAGUAAAGAGUGAUGAAAUUUGUGGGAACAUCAAUUCUAGAAGGCUGCCGUUACAAGAGGUAUCAAACAAGGUGAAAUGUGAACCAAUGUGGUUUAUAUUUAGUGGGCAUAGAUAUCAGAGAAAGGAAUUUCAGCAAGUCAUUAAGCGUCUGAAAGGCAGAUGUUGCAGAGAUUCUCAUCAGUGGUCAUACCAAGCAACACAUUUCAUAGUUCCAGAUCCAGUUCGCAGGACUGAAAAGUUUUUUGCCGCAGCUGCAUCUGGCAGGUGGGUUCUUAAGACUGAUUAUUUAAGCGCUAGCAGCCAGGCAGGAAAGUUCUUGCCAGAGGAGCCUUAUGAGUGGCAUAAGAAUGGCCUCAGUGAAGAUGGUGCUAUAAAUUUAGAGGCUCCUAGAAAGUGGCGUCUCUUAAGGGAGAGAACUGGCCAUGGAGCUUUCUAUGGGAUGCGCAUCAUUGUAUAUGGAGAGUGCAUUGCACCCCCGUUGGAUACUCUGAAGCGUGUUGUGAAGGCUGGAGAUGGUACCAUACUAGCUACUUCUCCCCCUUACACACGAUUCCUCAAAUCUGGAAUUGACUUUGCUGUUAUCAGCCCUGGCAUGCCACGCGAUGAUAUCUGGGUCCAAGAGUUCUUAAAAUAUGAGAUACCUUGCAUUGUUACUGACUACCUAGUUGAGUAUGUUUGCAAGCCUGGGUAUUCUCUUGAGAGACAUGUACUGUACAGUACCCAAUCAUGGGCACAGAAGUCCUUGGCUGCCUUGGUAAGCAGAGCAAAUAAGACUACUGAGGACUUGUGCACCCCACCAGAUGAUCAUCAAAGUGAUGACAUGGCUUGUCAGUAACCAUCUUAGUCUUGUACAUUAUAGGCAACAAGAUCUUGUAGAAUUCAUUACAAUUGGUCUGAGUUUGGAAAAGUUACUUCAACAAUAUUUUCCAUACACUUUAGUUUUUACUUUUUUAUUUUUUGGCCCAGCCAUAUCCAUGCAAUAUUUCUUUUGUC